AGGGGACUUCACUGUGCUGCUGUUCCAGAUCUGCUGCGGCAAUCUGUCUCCCCUCUCUCUUCUUCUGCGAGGAAAGGGCAGGAGGAAGAGGAGGAGGAGGGAGCCUAUGAGGGUUUUCUGGUUUGCUGGGUUGCUUUUCCUGGCAAGAUGGGCUCAUGGGAACGAGUACUGGAAUGCGACCGAGUUGGAGGCUGCCUACUAUGGGGCUGGGGGCGGCAGUCCCCCUCUGCUUGUGGGUCUGACCCUCAUCCAAUCUGCGGCAGCUAAGGGUGCUGUAUGUUUGGAUGGGAGCUUACCUGGUUACCACUUGCAUCGUGGCUAUGGAUCUGGAGCGAAUAGUUGGGUUGUCAAUUUAGAGGGAGGAGGCUGGUGCAAUGACAUCAAAUCAUGUGUUUACCGAAAGAGAAGUCACCAUGGUUCAUCCUACUUCAUGGAGAAGCAGUUACAAUUUACUGGAAUACUCAGUGACAAACCUGAUGAAAAUCCUGAUUUCUAUAACUGGAACAGAGUCAAGAUUCGUUAUUGUGAUGGUGCAUCAUUUCUAGGUGAAGGAUAUAACAAGGCUGCAGGCCUUUAUUUUCGAGGGCAGCGUAUUUGGUUGGCUGCUAUGGAAGAACUGAUGUCAAAUGGAAUGCAUUAUGCCAACCAGGCUCUCCUUUCUGGAUGUUCUGCUGGUGGUCUGGCGACCAUACAACACUGUGAUGAAUUUCGAGCAUUAUUUCCAAGAAACACAAAAGUCAAGUGCUUUGCUGAUGCUGGCAUGUUUCUUGAUGUUGUUGAUGUAGCUGGUGGUCACACCAUGAGAUCCUUCUUCGGAGGUGUAGUAAGCUUGCAGGGUGCCUGGAGGAACUUGCCAAGGACAUGUACUUCCCGCAUGGAUGCGACAUCGUGCUUCUUCCCACAGAAUGUGAUUGAUAAUAUCCGGACUCCACUUUUUUUGGUUAACACAGCAUAUGAUGUAUGGCAGUUGCAACAAAGCUUAGCUCCCAAAACAGCUGAUCCUCAUGAUUACUGGGGAGGAUGCAAAAUGAACCAUGCAAAUUGCAAUGGAUAUCAACUCCAGUUUUUGCUAGGGUUUAGAAACCAAAUGCUUAGUGCCGUCAGAGGCUUCUCCAUGUCCAGGAAAAGUGGGCUGUUUAUAAAUUCAUGUUUUGCUCAUUGUCAAAGUGAGAGGCAGGACACAUGGUACGCGAAUAAUUCUCCACAACUCGGGUAUAAGAGAAUAGCAACGGAUGUUGGCGACUGGUUCUUCGAUCGGAGCAAAGUAAAUGCAGUAGACUGCGCAUACCCCUGCGAUAACACCUGCCAUCACAUCGUCUUCAGGGGAAGACAAUGAAUUAUUUCUUCUAUUUCAUUUCCUAUUCAUCCACCAAUUCUCACACAAUGUCAUCGCCAGCCGGCAUAGAAGAAGAAGAAUAACAAGGACUACACCAUCAAGUGAUAUAAAUAUGCGUUAGAUUUGGAGCUUAGAACACACACCAAUUUCCCUGUCAAAUUUUGCAUGCAUUCCUCCGGAGAAUAAUUACAUUGAUUUAAACGAUCGCUAUUGUUAAGAUCAACAAUCAUUGUUUCCUACAGACUUGUUAUCUUGAGAAGAAGACAUCUUACUUGCU